UAAGAAAACGUACGCAACUAAUAUGCAGUCGUUGAUUGUUUCGAUUUAUUGAUGCUUUCGACAUUUGAUUUUGAUUUUAUAGAAUUGUUUUUAGACGUUUUCUUCGCAACGGUUGUGACGCCAUCAAACACCGGUCCGUAAAAAGUGUCUGGCAGUAAUCCAGUCCGUGGCGCUAAAAAUGUUGGGGAUUACUGGUGUAAAAUAUUCAUUUUCUAUUGAAAUUGUGUCUGCAAAAUAUCUCGUGUAUUUCCUCGCAUAGCUUUUGUAGCGAAACUAUUGAAGAAGCCAAAUUUCCCAUGGGCCCUGGAGGCGGCGGCGGCAGCAGCAAGUUUCUGCGUCGCAGCCCUGCGCAUGCGUACAAUCUUAAACUUCAUUUGUCCAACACCAUUUUGAAGCACCGAGCGGGAGGACGUGCUGUUUUGCUGUCGGAAGUUGACGGUUUGGGACUUCAAACGAGCACAAAUGAACAGCAAUAAAUAUCUGUCGUUUUUAUUUCGUGACGACGAUGGAAAUCAUUCAAUGUAGAGAUUAAAUUAAACGCUUUAAACAUCAUGUGCCGCUAGUGUAACCGCUUGCUGGUUUACGCCGUCGAGUUUCGUAUUUGAAUCUCUCUCGUUUUCGCCCUCUCUCAUUCACUCACACAGCGUUACAGUAAAUUAAAGGUCAAAUUAUUAUUUUCGAUAGUUUGGUUUAUACUUUCCUAAAUGGACGCUACGACUUGUUUGAAGUCUCUGCUGCUCGCCACGCAGCAGUAUGAAGAAGGGAGGAAUGCUCAAAGUGCAGCUCAGCUUCUUAAACAAGUGGAGGAGAUUUCCUCCCUCAAAUGUGAGCAGCUGCUGUCUUCAGGUCAGCUGCUACCCAUCGAGUGUGUUCGCAGGCUGGUGGAGCUCACUGGUAACGCAAACACAAGUCCCACUGUCGCCGGAGCCAACUUGUCCCUGCUGACGCAGCUUGCUUGUGACGAUGGCAGCAGGAAGAUCUUACACUGUAACUUCAACCUCACCGGCAUCCUGGCUCUGCUUGUUCAUCGCCACAGCGCCACCCCCGGAGACCCUCUGGUACUGCAGAGUUUACAGUUGCUCCAGAAGAUAACCUACAGCACUCGGAUCUUCCCGUCCUCGAACCACGUCAACGAGCUCAUCGUCUUCCUCGUGUCCAACAUCCAGUCCCCGAGCGAUGACAUCAUCAUGCCCUGCCUCGGCCUGCUGGCCAACCUUUGUCGAGAUAACCCCGCCGUGCAGACUCACAUCAAGUCUCUGGACAACGUGAAGCCGUUUUAUCGGACGCUGAUCACCUUUCUGGCCCACAACAGUCUGACCGUGGUGGUUUUCACGUUGUCCAUCCUGGCCAGCCUGACUCUUAACGAAAAAGUCGGAGAGAAGCUCUUCGAUGCCAAAAACAUCCACCAGACCUUCCAGCUGGUCUUUAACAUCAUUGUCAACGGUGACGGCACACUGACCCGAAAAUACUCUGUUGAUCUUCUGGUUGAUCUGCUGCAGAACCCAAAAAUUGCAGAUUAUCUCACUCGGUACCAGCACUUGCCAGCGUGUGUGUCUCAAGUUUUAGGACUGUUGCAUUUAAAAGAUGCCGACUCAGCAACCAAAGUCCUGGAGCUACUCCUCGCCAUGUGCAGCGUGUCGGGUCUGCGCCCACUGCUAUACCAGGUGCUGUUCAAAGCGGUGGGACCCAAACUCAGGGCAACAAGUCGGAGGCAGGCGGCAGUGACUGCGGAACACAAGGCUGAACCUGGGCUAGCGCUAGUGCAGUGGAUCAGCUCGCCCGUGGGUGGCGCCGAGACCUGCUCACUGAAGGCGCUGCAGCUGCUCACGGAGCUGAUGGAGGAGGCAUUGGGCGCUGCCAGCAUGCCAGACGGCACUGAGAGUUUUGUGGGGAUGCUACUUCCUGUCCUGCUGGACUUUGUCAAGGCCCUGGACCCGCCCACCAAAAGAGAUGCCCACCUGAGACAACACUGCAAACGUGUCACUCAUGUCAACAGCCUGCUGCUCGUCAUGUGCGGUAAGGACACCACACGGGCACUGGUGUCAAACCAGGUGAGCGCACACCAGUGCCUCUUGCAGGUAGAGACGCUGCUCGCCUGUUGUCAUGGCAACAGCUCCAUGGCACGCCUGCCCCCGGGCGCUGACACCAAUCUCAGUCAGGUGUGUGCUGAGGCUCUGCUCAGCACCUUGGUGCUGAUGAGCAAACUGCGGCAGCAGGUCAAGGACAUGGAGACCGGCUUCUACCGUACGCUGCAGGACCAGAGGAUAGCUACGCCCCUUGCUUUGGCCCUGACCUCGCAUCACAGAGCGCACGUGCAUACCGGCCUCGCUCUGCUCUUGGAGGCCACGCCGCUCCCGGACUUCCCGUCGCUGGUCCUCGGGGACAGCAUGGCCGCCAAUAAUGCUUACCGGCAAAGGGAGGCCGAACUGACCGUCAAGCGUAUUCCUGUUCAGGACGUCCCGCUUCCUCGGACAAACAGCAGCAGUCGGGACAUAUCCGGGGCAUCCAGCAACAUCCACAGCUUGGUGGAGAAGCUCCGCGGCGGUUUGGAGCUGCAGGAGCCGACGAAAGACGCCCAUGUGUCUGACAUCAUCGACGUCUAUGAGCAGAAGCUCGCCGCCCUCGCUUCUGAGGAGAGUCGCCUUAAGGACCUGCUGGAAGCAAAAGCCGUGGCUCUGUCUCAGUCCGACCGCCUCAUUAAUCAGUACCACUUCCAGCUAGCUCAGGCCGAGGCCGAGGCUCGCAAGUUGGCCAGCCUGCUGAAGGAAGCGGAGCGGCGGCGUGAGAAUCUUCAGACCGAACUGGCCGUGCAGCUGGAGGAGGCACGACGCUCCAAGGCCGACACUGAGGAGCUGCUGCAGCACAACGCCAGACUGCAGCUGGACUCGGAGGAGCACCAGGCCCUCAAAGCCGCGUACAACUCCAUGCUCCAAAGGUUCAAUGAGAGUGGGUGUCAGUUGAAGGAGCUUCAGGCGGCUCACGCCAACCUCAACAAACGCAACGACGCGCUCCGGAAGAGUCACCAAGCUCUGCAGCUGCAGCAUGACAAGGUUGUGUUGCUGUUGAAGGAGAAGGAGGAGGAGAUCAAGUCGCUGCAUUCAGACAUGCAGUUGAAGGACAAAGAUAUAGCAGAGCUGCAAGAAGAGUUGCGGACGGCGGCAGACAAAGAACGAGGGAAAGAGCAAGAGAGGCUGGAGCUGGAGGACACACUCGACACUUUGAAGAAAGAGCUGACCAAGACGGAGCAGACCAGGAGGGACGCGUGCAUCAAGGUGUCGUCUCUGGAGCUGCAGAAGAGUCAGAUGGAGGUCAAGCUCAAACAGUACGAAGACGAGCUCAACAAGCAUUCGGCCAUGAUCGCCAUGAUCCACAGCCUGAGCAGCGGCAAGAAGAACGACGUCAACCUCUCACUGUGACACUCACCAACAACCAUGAACAAAAAACUAAAUUCAGCAAUGAUAACCACAACAGAAAGUGCAACAAAAGUCACACAAGCUGAAUAAAAUAUUUCUCUUGUUUUUAAAUAAGUUUGUUUUAAUUAUAUAGCAAAUAAAUAUGUCCAUCAUGA